AUGUCCGGUUAUAAUAAGGAGAAACCAAGAACAAUCAGGCUUUUCUGUCCUUCAGUAUCGAAGCUUGUUCGGUUCGUGGCUUGCGAUAGCCAGAAACUGGACCUUGGCUCCAUAUCUCGAUUAUUCGGCCUAGACCCAUCAACGGUAAAACUCAAUGGCCACUUUAUAAGCCGAGGGGUUGAUCUUGUUUCUUCUUCUGUUACUUGGAGGUCACUGCUCUCUUUCUUCUCUUUCAAGGGCUUGUCAACUGGGAUUGAUGGUGAUCAUAAGGGCGCUCUCAUUGUUGAUGGCAAGCUUUGCAAAGUUGGGACUAAGAGAGCACAUGAUCCUCAAGAUGAUGUUAAUUUGAGUGGAGAUUCAGCUGGAAAUACUGGAAUAAACAAUGUUGGAAUUACUGCAAAGCGACACCUGAAAUAUAUUUGCUCGGUUGAAAACAAAAGGUCAAGGGAAAGCAGCUCAACAGGUAAAAUAUAG